CUUUUCUGCUACAGAACAACUACCUUGGUACAACCAAAAAGACCAGUGUUUACUUUUCAUUGAAAGAAUGGAGCCCACUUGGUAUACGAGCAGAUAAAGAAUUUAAAGAGGGUUAUCCUUUCUUAUUCUUAGUAACAGAUAGUCUAUUUGGGAAUCACUAGAUACCAUGGGGAAGCGAGAUAACCGCGUAGCCUAUAUGAAUCCUAUAGCAAUGGCAAGAUGGAGAGGCCCAGCUCCGUCUGCAGGUCCAACAAUACAAGAUUAUCUGAAUCGACCAAGGCCUACUUGGGAAGAAGUAAAGAAAAAAUUAGAAAAUAAAAAGAAAGGCUCCAAGGCAUUAGCUGCAUUUGAAGAGAAAAUGAAUGAAAACUGGAAGAAAGAGCUAGAAAAAAGCAGAGAGAAAUUAUUAAGUGGCAAUGAGGGCUCAUCCAAAAAAAAAGAAAGAAAGAGAAAGAGAAAAAAGAAGAAAACGUGUCCACCUUCAUCUUCUUCAUCAAGCUUUGAUUCUUCAAGCAGUUCUUCAGAUUCUGUGGAUGAGGAAAGGAAACAAGGUAAAAAGAGAAAGAGAAAGAGAAAGAGAAAGAAGAAGCGUGCAUACAAAUCAUCAGAAAGUUCCACAUAUGAGACUGAAGUAGAGAGCAAGGGAUCUGUAAAAAAGAAAAAGAAAUGCAAGGAUGAAACAGAAAAAGAAAAGUGCAUCAGAACUCUCAGCAAAAAAAGAAAGAAAACCUAUCCUGAGGAAAAACCUUUAUCAUCUGAGUCCUCAUCAGAAUCAGAUUAUGAAGAGGAGGUGCAAGCAAAAAAGAAGAGAAGGUGUGACGAACGAGAAAAAACAAAGAAGAAGAAGAAGCAACACAAGAAGCAUAGAAAGAAGAAGAAAAAGAAGUCAAGUUCAAGUCAUAAGUCAGGAUAAUUAAAGCAAGAAACAAACAAGCAACGAUUUACCUAUUUAAAAAAGCAACAUCUUAAAGGAAACUUCAACUCUCAAUAUUAGGGCAUAUUUACCAGAAUGUGUAUGUUUCCCUGUUGGUAGAAUUAUUCCUGUGCCAGUCAAAUGCCACUGUGCCAGAUAAGGCCAUAAAUUGUUGCCUGCAGCUUACAUAUAGAAUUUUGUCUCUGUAUUUUUUCCUUCCAGUGGUUAAUUCCCCAGAGAGCUAAUGCCCUGUUGUCAUCCUAGUGGUUAAAAUGCUUGGAGCAAAUGUUUUAGAUAGUAAAAUAAUUUUGACCAAAAUAAUGCAUUGAAUGUCAACAGAAAUUAAUUUGGAGAUAUAUAUAUAUAUAUAUGUGUGUGUGUGUGUGUGUGUGUGUGUGUAUAUUUAAAAUACAAUCAGAAAUGCAGAUGACUAG